AUGAUGCCUGGAGAGACACCGCCGCCGCCGGCCGGGACUGCAGCCGCCGCCGCGGCCUGCGCGAACUGCGGUGUUCUCCAGCAGAAUAUAAAUGAAUAUGUAGCCGCAUUAAUUGCACUGAAGCAAAAAAUGAUUGAUGGAGAUCGUUUGCUGACAGAGUAUCAACAGAAAUGCACUGAGCUUCAAUUUGCUGAACGAGAGAUCUCUGCUCUUCGUUGCCAAGUGGAGCAGAUGCUACAGAAAAUCCUGCCUCUGGAAAAGUGCCAGGAAGAGUUGGGUUCCUUGAAAGCAGAGUUGGAAGAGAAAAAGAGUUCUCUCAAGAUUUAUCGGGAGAGUCAACUGGAAUAUGUUAAAAUUAAAGAAGAAAUAGUAAACAGUGAUGCUGUGAGAAAGAAACUGGAAACAAAAGUGAAGAAACUUGAAGAGGCUGCAACAAAGCAUACACAGGACUUCAGACAACUGAAAACUGAAAAGAAAAGGCUUGAAAAGGAGCUAAAGAAGGCACAAGGAAAACUUGAUGGUGUACUUAAAGAGAAGUGCAGAAAAGUUAAGCACGCAGAGACCCAGAGUUCGAGUGAAGAUCUUGCAACAGAUAUAGACAAAGAAAAAAUAAAGCUUUUGUUAGAAGAACUCUGGAUGUGCAUUGACAGUGCGACAGGAAAAAGAGAGAAUCAGGAAAAUGAUCCUGUCUUGGCUUCUAUUCAGGAUAAGGCAUGGCCUGAAAAAAGAAGACUGACUGUUACAGAAGAAACCGUACAAAUCCACCAAAAGAUCAGGAAGUGUGAUGGCAAAACGCUACCUUGGUAUUCGUCACUGGAAGGUGCUGGAAAGCAAAAUUCUGUGACAGCCAUGCAACUUCAAGCAAGUACUGAGCCUUUUGGAGGUGACUGUGUUGAGAACAGGACUACUGAAGAAUGUCUGCACGGUGGUGAGGAUAAAAGUGUAGAUGUGAUAAUACAGACAGAUGAGGCACACAGCAGUUCGGACUUCUCUGAUCAGGAGCAAAAGGGCCCAGGUGGAAAUGUGAUGGAUAUAUUGAAUUGGGCCAGGCCUCUCCCUGCUCUACUUUCUCCAGUACAGCUUUCACCACUAACUACACAGGAUACAUUGUUUGGAGAAGUCACAGGUUCCAGCGACGAAGAAGUUGAUUGCAGUGCUUCUGCAGUGGAGGAUAUUUUACAAGACCAAGUUCAGCCUCAGAGUUGCAACGUGUUCAGCCUCAAUGAGGAGUGCAACAGACAGAGCAAACCAUGUGAGCGUGGUCUUGAUGCAGAAAUCUCACAUAACCUGAGUUGGAAUGAAAAGAAUGUUCAUAUCGGUCCAAAGAUGUCAAGCAAGGAGGAGAGAGAUGCUGAAACAAAGCAAACUGAAGCUGCUACUUUAAUUACAAACAUGGAAAUUAACAAAGAUUGUUUGGAGGAGAACUCUGAGAAUAUGGAAACUGAGAAGAGAGAACUAACUGAAGCAACAGCACAUGAAUUGGAAGCCAUCGAAGAACAGAAAGGAGAUAGUGAGGACAUGCACAGUGAAGAGGGAGGUUCUUCAGCUGAUUUUAUGUUACACAGUUUCAAGCCUCAGAAUCAGAUGGAAAAAUGUACUGAGGUAGAGCAAACAGACAAGAAUGUAAUCUUAAUCAGAGCUGUUGAUUAUGAGGAUACACACGAGAAGUAUGGUGAAUUAAUGAAAGCAGAAAGAGAUGGAUUAUCAGAAGAGAGAGAAACUCCCAGGGCAGUAUCUGUUCCCCAGAAUGUUACUCAUUUGCCACCUGAGCAAUGCAUUGUGCUUCAAAGUGAAGAUUCUGAGGAGAAAUCUGAUGUGUUGAUACAGAAUGAAGUGGUUGAAAAUGAAUCAAAAAAUGUAAUCAAAGUAACUAAUAUCACAAGUGAUGUAGAGGAAGACGUAAAACAAGUGAUAAGUGGAGAGAAAAUAACAGCUGCAAUACAGAUGAAAGGACUCUGUGCAGAGGCAAAUAAUGAGAGAGCACUCUCUGAAAAUGUAUUGUCUGAUUUCAGUAGUUCGAAAUCCUUCUGUGAAGCGGAGUGUCCUAAAGACCUAAUGAUACAGCGUGAUGGGGAGGGAAUAGUUACGGAGACUGAGGCAGACACUGGAGCUAUUGAGAUCUCUGCAUACUCUCAGUGCUCUGAAAUAAAACAUGACAGUGAAGAGAUACUGGAGAAACAAUAUGUGCAAACAAUAAAAGAUGAAGUGGACAGAGAAUGCGAACCAGAGACUGUUAAAGUCUCUAGACAUUACUUACCUGUAUCUGCUAUUGAAGGAAUCGGAAAUUUAUUGUCUAUGGAUGACGUAGACAAAAAUGUAGGUAUGGAGAGGACUGCUUUGUCAGCCUUUCCAAAAGAUGAUGAACAGCUCAAAAUUGAAGACAUGAAUAUAACCAGACCUGAGACUACUGAACUAGCCAUGAAAUUUAACAGAGAAAGUGUUCUAGAAAUAGCUGAAUCGUCAGAGCUACUCCGUAGUACAGAAAAUAGAAAAUUAGUAGAUAUAAAGGAGGAGGGAUAUUUAAAAGGUAAACCACACCAGGAAGAAAAUGGUAGUGAUUUAUUGCAAGGGAAGUCAGACUUGGAAAGUGUACUUGCACUACCAAAGAUGGCAUGCAUUAUUGAUGCAGAAAGCAGUGUAGCUAAGUGUGAAUCCUCUGUGUUAGAUUUUACAGAAAUAAAAGGUGAAAUAAAACAACCUGAAAACCUGUGUAGUACAUUAGAAUGUGGGUUGUCCAAAAAUCAAAACUUUAGAGUGUUUGAAUCUCAAGAGACUGAAUUCAAAGUUAAUCCAGAUGAUUUUGGAGAGGAAAGCAGUGAGCUGUUAGAAAGAGUGGAUACCAUUGAAUCUGUCAUAGUAGAAAGUAAUCUUACUUCUCAGGCACAGUUUGCAAAACCUCUGAAUCAGUUUUUGGUAACUGAAAAUGUUAAAUGUGAUGAAAUAAAAGGGGAAUUAAAUAAACAAAGCAAGGAAUUGGCAACUGAGAGUUGUUCCAGUUCAUUUAACUGGGAAGAGAAUGUUGUGAAGAAAAAUAAUAUUUCAGAGAUCAUCUGCCAGCCUACUUCAGAAAUGGAUUUUAAUAGUGGCUUGGCUUUUUCUACUCAAGGGGACUUGGAGAUGGGCUGUAUAAAUACUGAAGAAACAGAUUCCCCUGUGCAAGUGGGAAUUGGCUUGGAAUCCACAAUGCUUCCUGAUCCAAAUUUCCGUCUUCAGAAAGUUGUCAGUUUUGUUGAAACUAAUUUCACAGAAAAGGCUGCUUUUUCCUGUACAUGGGAAAACAAAGGAGAUAAAAAUUGUGUUACGGGCAGUGCAUUUAGCUGUUCUUCAGAAAGCUUGGAAGAGGGUGCUGAGAUCCUGUCUGCUGAAAAAGACAACAUGUGCAAAGAAUUGGACUGCCCUGAGAGGGAAAACGUACACAAAAAUGAAGUGAAGAUUCCAGAUGAGAAGGAGCAGCCAGUAGAUAAAGAACCUCAGGCAUCUGUUAAAUCACAGGUGCUGGAUGCAAACUCUUAUAAUAAGAAUACUUUUCUUCUCCAAAAGUUUGAUUGUCAAGAAUCGGGAUGCAAGACUUCUGUGUGGGAGGUUAGACCAGAUCCUUCUAGAACUGGUUCACUGACAGCUGGGGGAGAAAGCAAAGAAUUGAAUAGUUUUGAGGCAUCUGGGAAAAAUGCCAUAAAAAGGUCUAAAAAUGAUGGUGAUAUGCCAGAGCAGAGCAAUGAAUCUGAAGAGAAAGACUGUUCUAUACAAAAAGUUAGAUAUGUGAAAUGUUCUGAAUGUGUUCCCAUGUUCAGAAAGGAACUGAGAGCUUCCAGGAGAAUUGUAGUGGGUCCUCUGGAAACUGGUGCAAUUGUUGAUGCUGAUUACCAAAUAUGUGAACUUCAUUCAACAAUGCACCCAGGAAAUACUUUGACAGUUAGUCAUCCAAAAACAGACACUAUGGUGGAUAUGGAUACACACUGUGAAACAAACAGCUCUGCAGAUACUGCAAAUGAGUUGUCAGGUGUGGUUGGGGACAGUUAUCGUAAAGACUUAGCCUCUUGGAAAAGAGAGUGUAUAUUAGUAACCUCUGAAAAUACUGAGGGUGCUAAUGAAUGCAUGGUAGAUUCUAACAGAGUUGGAUGCAUCAAUGACAGUGAGGAAAGUCUGUUAAAAACUGGGACAUCAAAAGAAAGCCCUGUGAUGCCAAAUGCUUCAAAAAAUAGAUUACCACUAUGCCACAUGUUAACCAGAUUCUCAGAAACUUGCAGACUGGCUGAAAAAGACAGCAAAUUAAAUACAAGAAAGUUAGCACUUGGCAAUUUCUUAGAAGAAAACGAUUCUGAAAAACUUCAGUCAAAUGUGGAGCAAAGUCUGCUACAUGGUGUUGAUAUAGGGGUCUCAGUGUUUGAAGAAUAUAAUCAUAAUCAAACUUGCACUGCUUGCAACAUAGGAGAAAACAACACCGAUGUUAGCCUAGAUGAUAGCAGUAGAAAAAAAAUUUUUGUCAAGUGUCUUCCAAAUCCAGCCCUAUCUGAUGUCGAGUGCAAUUGUCAGACAGUUAGGCAGCCUUCUGAGCCACAAAAACCAGUAUUUGAGAAGCUAUGUAUGUUGGAGUCAGAGUCUUGUGUGGAUGUUGCUCUCAAAAAGAGCAAUAAAUUAAAGUGCAAAGAGCAAAAACCAUCUGAAAUGUUGACUGUUUCAACCAAGACAGCUGCCCAAGUAAUGCAUGCCAAGCUAUCAAAGAGGCUGUUUCAAGGUAAAAGAAAAACAAAGACUCUCAAAGUUAAACCAGCUCAGCCAGUUCUUGCAAAUGCUGAUACAUCUGUGCCAACAAAAUGCUCAUCUGAGACUAUAAAUAAAAUUAGGCAAGAGAUGGGUCCUCCUCUGCCCCCCUUGCUACUGCCUUUGAUUGCUACUCCUCCAAAAGCUGCAAGUACCAUGUCCCCAGUAAUGUCUUCUACUGGUCGAUCCUCUUUGCUUUCCCCUCUUGAUGACCUGAUAUCCCCACUACGUGAAACUCCUGUUCCUCCUCUCAUGUCUCCAUUAACAGACACUCCAACAGUAAAAUCUGCUCUUUUAUUUUCUCCUCCCUCGCCCUCAGAAAUGGCAGUAGGUAGAAGGAUUCGCUCCUCACCUUUGAAAUUUUGUACUUCCAUUCCAAAGCAUGCACUUCCUGUCCCAGGAAGAUUUCCUCUGUUUGCAGCUGACAGUGCUGCUCCAGGUGCUCCUCAGGAGAACUCUGUGAAAAUAUUGGACACUAUGUAUCCAGAGCUGUCUGCAAGGGCAAGGACACUAAACAUUCUGAAAGGCAAUAUUCAGCUUAAUAGAUGUGCUUUUUCAGACAGCCAAAGUUUGCCAGGACCUGUGGCUCAAAUAGGUGGGUUCAAAGCAAUUGCAUCUACAUCAACUGCUUUUGUUAAAACUGGGAGCAAUUUGAAAUCUGAUAGCAGCAAAGAUCAAGACAAAGAUGUGCAAAAUCAGCAAUUGUUUUCAAGCUCAUCAAAUCAUCUUGAAAAACAGACACUAUUGCCAGUAUCUAUGCCAAGAAGUGCAAAGAGACUGAGGUUGGACAGUGAGCCACCAAAGCUGGAGCCCAAUGAUAUUGGUGCUAUCAGAAACACUAAAAAUACAAUCUCUGAAAUGCAGGAGGCUUUCCAUGACAAAAGCUGUGAAAUCAGUGAUUCAGCACACAGUUCCAGUUUAGAAGCGUCAUUACCAGUAAAGAAGGUUAUUGAUCCUGACUGCCAGAAAGUUUCUUUGGCAUUGAAGAAAAUUGCUGAAUCCUGUUUUGACUUGUUACCAGUUAUUAAAGGUCACGUGUAUGUCGGCAAUAUCUCAAAGAUUCCAAUAAUGAGAGAUGAAGAGAAAGAAAUUGUCUAUGAAUUUGGUAUAAAAAACAAGCAUUUAGCAGAGUCCUUGCUGCAUGCUAUUCUCAAUAAACUCAAGGCUCAGAAGAAUGCCACAAAUUACAAUUUCAAUCAGGCUCUAUGUCGAGUCUAUACAGGAAUUUGUCGACAGUUGGGAGAUUUGGAAAGAGCCCGCCUUUUCUGCUAUAGCCUACUUAAAGAAGACUUUCCAGACUCAGAAAAAUUGAUUUUAUUUAUCACAAAUGUAUGGUCUGACAUAUUUGUCUUCCAAGGUGCAAUUAACAAAGCUAUGCAAUUAGUUGUCAGGCAGAGUGCAAGCAGUGAGAUGCUGGCCUGUUUGAGUGCUUAUCUCAACUGGGAACAGAGUUCCUCUUUAGAUGCUGGUAUUAUGGUCUCAAACCUGCUUUUAGAAAUGCAGUCAUGUCCAAAAGUAGAAUUUCAGCUGAGUGAGCAAUAUGGAGAAGAUCUGAGUGAAGAUGCUUGGCAAUACAUAUUUGCUGUUGAUCUACUCUGCUCUUACCUGAAGUGGGAUUGGACACAUGACAAUGUUAUAAGCAAAGUGCUUUGGCCUUCUAUGGAUAAAUGGGUAAAGAAGAGAAAGGGGCAUGAAACUGCUCAAUUCAUUCCUGAUAGUGUUAUAGCAUUGACACUCAGGCUAAUUGGUCGAUUGGGCCAAAUAGGUUUGAAGGAAGGGUAUCUUGCUGCAGUGAAGAAUAUUAGUUCUGUAAUUGGACUGUUUGUACAGCAUGCAAAAGAGGAAGGUGUUCCCUGGGGUGUGCAGCUGGCAGCCGUAUAUUCACUGUGUGACUUGGGUUCAAGCAAUCCAGAAGGUAUUCUUGAGGCCAUCCAUGCUUGGAGAGCAACAGUUCUUAACAACAUCCCUUUUGCUGUCACAAGUGGCAUAGCUGAAAUCACUUCUCUGUGUAAAAUGGAGCUAAACUAAAAUCUAGGGAAGUGGACUGAUCUAAAGGAAGAAGUGCCUUAUUUUACUAAGCAGUAGUUGGUUCCAGUUAAAAACAAUACAAAGCGGCAUGUCCUCUUUUAUUAUUUUUUUUUAACAGAAUGUCUGAUCACACAAAGCAAGCUCAAGUAUUCUAUUUGGCUUUUCUGUUUGAGGGAAGAGUUUUAAAAAAAUAAAUAAAAAUACUUGCUUUUCCUAAUAACUGAUCAGUGAUCUGAAGACCAGUGUGUCUUUGACUCCUGAGGUAUUUCUGGUUUGAUGUCAAUAAAAAUCAGUAAUAGUUUCCAUUAUUUUACUUCCAUCAAUUUGGAGCAUGGGCUGUUUGACACAACAGAAGAUUGAGCCUGGCUGAAAACCUGGCUCUAUUAUUUUGUACUAUAUUUAUAAAGUAACCAUUCGGAUAGCAGAACUUUGCCCAGAUUCUGCUUUAUUUUGCUUGAGUAGUCUCAUAAGCUUAAUUUAAAAUACUUGUGUAAGACAGGUAGGAAUUGACUUUUUGUGUAACAAUCAUGUAUAGAGUAACAGAGAUAUUAAAUCUCUGAACUUGUAUAUAUGGUAUAUUCUGAUAAUGUGUCUCACAUUUGAUAUUGUUCCACUUGGGGAAUUUUGUGUAUGUAAAUAGAAAGUUGGUUCCAAAAAAGUUCACAUUUCUAAUGAUAGCUUCACUACACUCUGUGUUUUUGUAUCUUUCAUAAUAAAAGAA